AAGCUAAGUCUGCCCCGAACACAUUUAGGGUGCCAUUUACUGUGGAUAAAGAUGUUGCGUAGAAUGAAAAAAGUGAUGAUUGGCUCAAGGGAAUCAUCAGUCCAGUGAUUCCUGUCCAAUCAAAUCGGGCAUAGAAAACUUGCAUACUUCAAAACACCUAGGUGGCGCCAAUUUAGUUUAAUCAUGGAGGAGAAGGAGAGAGGAAGUGUGGUGGAGGCUUCAACAUGCUCAUUAUGUCAUGCCUACUUUGCUUGCCCAGACUGGUUGAAAUAUCACAAUUCAAGAGUUAUUCAUCUAAUUUUAAAAAAGUACUUUGAGUGGCCACUGACAGCACUCAAGGUUCCUCUGGUGAUCCUGAGACGGAGCCUCAGAAAAACAAAGAGUCUGAUAAAAAAGCAUUUCUAGACUUAAAGAAGUUUUCAAAAUCUGGACCUGAAAUGCUAUCAGAAACUGCAUUGGACCUUGACUUCAAUGGAAACUUGGAACAGAACCGUCUGGCUGAAGCACAGAAGCUGCUGGUGGCAUCUGAGGAACGUCUGUUUGGUUCGAAUAAACCAGCUAGAGCCGAGGAAGAGGAGGGAGAGUUGAUGAAUAACUAUCAAUGCUUCAUCACUCAUCUGGAGAUGAUUAUCAAGGACUCCUUCAUUGAGAACAACCACGAGAGACUCAAGAGUGCUGUGACUGCCAUACUUCAGGAGGAGGCACAGGACAAACGCUGGGAAGCACUGGCUGUGGAAAAACGGCCAUCAUGGAGGUUGACAACGUUCAGAGAGAUCCAUGACAAACAACUCAAGGAUGUUGUGGAGGAACGAAUGAAGAAUGCAAAUGAACAGGAGAAUGGGGCGGACAAGCUGUCUACUCCCUUGAUGAGAGAAGUGUGCCGACUGGGCAAGCAAAUACAAAAAGAUCUGCUGGUGGUGGUCAGACGGUUGAGGGAAUGUUACCCAUCAGACUUUGACAUUUGCAAAAUAUAUGCCCAGCUUUACCAUCAGGCUUUCUCCACCAGACUCCAGGAGCUGACCAGAUCUAACGUGGAUAUUAAGGAUUGUUGCUAUAUAUUAAGUUGGAUUGUGUUUAACUACCCAAACGAUGUGCUAAACCACAAGGAAUUGAAAGGGCACAUCGACCAAUCAUCGCUUGAACCUCUGCUGCCUGAAGGAACGCUUAAGAUAUUACAUGAACAGUACUUUUUACACAAAGAGAAAGAAGUCAGAAAGUGGUUGUCUAAUGCUUUUGGGAAAGAAUUUAGGAAAUGGAGUGAUGGCGUUGAGCCACAACUGAUGGAUGGAGUCUACUUCAGCAGCCUUGAUGGAGAUAUUAUACCGCUUAUUGAUUCAUGCAUGAAGGAGAUCAAAUCAGUUUUUGGCUCUGAAAGUAAAAACGAGUUCAUUUUAUGCCAGCUGGACAGUUAUCUAAAAGACUAUAGGAAAAAUCUAGAGGAAUUUAUUAAAGUUAAACAAGGAGGUGCUGCUAAAACUCUCUGCGCGAAUCUGGUUACCAUUCACCAGUUUAGGGAUUAUGUACAGAAAACAGAAAGUCUUUUCCCAGAAAAGACUAAAAGAUCAUUGCUGUGUACAUUAGCAGACAUCAAAACAGAUUGUCAGCAAUAUUUUCUAAGUCGAAUUCACACAGAACUGAAGCCGGUGUACCGUAAGCUUUGGACUGACGCCUGGUGUCAUAGGCACGAUAGGGUUUUGGAUGACCUGGUGACAGCACUUGAAAAUCAUUUUCAUAGAUUGAAAACACUGAAGUCUGUCUGUCGAGAGGAACUGCUGAGCGAGCUGCAUUUAGCAGUAAUGGUUGAGUAUGUGAGGCGAAUGAUGAAGAAAAAACUGAAGCUGAAAAAGAAGAAACAUCAGGAAGAAGCCGCUGAGUUCAUGUGCCAAGACAGCAAAAGUAUCUGCUCUACAUUUGCCAAAGCGGGGUCCGAUGAGAAAUGGCUUUCUGAAAUACUGCCAAGAUUAUCUGAGAUCCUGAGACUUCAAGACCCUGGGAGCCUGAAACUUGAGAUAGUAACACUAGCAAGAAUCUAUCCUGACCUGAGUCAGCAACAUGUUGUUGCUGUCUUAAAGCUGAAAAGCAACCUAUCAAGCUCGGAUCUGUGUGGGAUCAAAGAUUGUUUGCUUGAGAACAGGGACCAGCAGGAUGAUCACUCCUCACCUUCUUUCUUUUCCAAAGUUAUUGUGAAGAAAAAAAUCAGCCAUCCUCUUCUUUCUUUUCCAAAGUAAUUGUGAAAAAAAAAUCUUAUAAGUGUGCUGUUUUAUCUGUACAUAAAUGUGACACACAUAUCAGUAUUGAGGCAUUUAAUGCAUUGAGUAUGUCAUUUAAAAUCUGUUUACUCAGUAUGUGUAGCGAUAUUUGGCCUUACAUUAUUGGGUUCGGGCGCCAGUGGUAAAAACCACCACAGUAACUAUUCCAUUUUACUGAUAUAAACCUAUAUUAUUAGGCUUAAUAUUAAAUUGGAUAUAAAAAACAACAAAGAAGUAGCUUAUAGAGCUCGGGAAUCUGACUUCACCGAUGAAAUGCAAUGCAAUGUUUUGGUCAGGAAGUUGCGUUGGACAUGUAGACUGGUAAAGUAGCUGCCAAAGAUUGCAUUUUACGGACUAAAAGACGUUUAAAGGAACAGUAUGUAGGAUUGUGGCCAAAACUGGUAUUGCAAUAACAAAACUAGUGGCUAAAACUGGUACUGCAAUCACACAACUGGUGGCCAAUACACAACACGACAACAUAAACAUCAGUUGAGGGCUGCAACUCCACUUUUUAAAUGACAAUAUCCUGGCCAGACCACUGUUGUCAGUGAUAUUAGUAUUUGAAAUGAAAAUUAUUUCUUAAUGUCUAGUGACAUAUCAGGGCCAUUUUAUGAUUAAUUGAUAUAAAUUUCUUACAUACUGUUCCUUUAAAUAGCGAAAACUCUUGAUGUGUAAAUAACUGUCAUAACCGCAGUCACGAUCGGCCUAGAAAGUUAAAGGUAUAGCGGAGGAUUUUUUCGAAUUUUAGAAAAGAACUGCCUUCUCCACUUUUUUAAAAAAUGCAAUUGCGCAACACUCCUGAUUGACAACCAGGAGGACCAAUAGUCUUGAUGAUCCUCCCGGAAACAGAAAAUCCUCCGCAAUACCUUUGAGUUAAUCCUAAAAGUGCGAUUUAUUUUCCGCUUUCUCGGUUACAGUAACUUACGCUGAAACUCAGAUAUCCGAGUUAACAAAACGGCAACGCAUGGAUAGCAGAAGACAAAAAAUAAUAACCUUCAGUAUUUCCCGAAACAUGUUUUUUUCACAGCGUUAUUCACUGAUAUCUAGCUGGACAGAUAUCAGAGAUUAAUGAAGCCACACCGUUAGAUUUUUUUUACUAUUUUGUAUAUUCACAUUCUAUGUAUAUUCACAUUCUAUUCAUAUUCUGUAUAUACCCAUAGUAAUAUAUCUAUUUAUUGUAUACCUGUACAUACAUCUAUUCUGCACUACUACUAUCUGGACUUUUGGUUAGAUGCUACAUUUCAUUGCCUUGUUUACAUGUGCAAUGACAAUAAAGUAAUAAAUAAACAAUAAAUCAAAUCUAAAUCCUAAGGCCAAAAACAAUGUCUUUUUUGUUGUUAAAUUAGCGUUAGAUAUACGUUCGAUGCAUUAAUAUUGCUUCAUUUGGCCACAUACUAAUUCUCCGUUGCUACAUACUAGAGAAGCGUCUCCUGUCACGCGCGUAGCAUAAAACAUGGUGGAAUGCCGUGAAUAAUGUCGUGCGCGAUGACGUAUUGACGUCGAUUCCCGAGCUCUAUACUCGUGUAUUUGAUCUUCAAUUGAUUGCAAUGUCAAUUAAUACAUGAGCAAGCAUUAAAAGAAAAAAAAAAUAAGUCCAGCAUAAUAAUAGACUCCACACUUUAAUAGACCUUCUUGGUAAUAUUUAUAGCAUUUAAUUUUAAGGUGUAAAAUUUAUUUUAUUACAGUUUUUUACAGACGCUAGGACACAUUUCUCAAUACUUAGGUCACUUUUGCAAAACUCUUCACACAGUUCUCCUAACAAACUUUCAGCUUGGCAAAGCAGUUCAUUUCACAUUCAAAAUGCACUACAACUACCAAAACACUUUAUUCAGGUCUCAAAUCAACUCAUUCUUCCAGAACACAAAGGUUGACAUCCCAUAAACACACUUUGUCACCCUCAAAACAAUGACCUAAAAAACACUAACAACAUGUAGCAUUAUACAAUGUUUUCUCUGUUUAUAAUUCACUGCAAUAUAUGUUACUGGAAUGAAUCAGACAUGAUGCAGAAUUCUUCAAUAUUUUAUUUAGUUUAUUUUUAGUUUUUUGCACUCCAAGUAAUUCCAAAAUACAAGAAUUUGUAUACACACCAUCCACUGAUACAGAUAUAAUAGUAAUGCUAAGCUAGUCUUCUCCAUUUGGCCAAUUCUUAUUAUAGCAUUUAUUUUUAAGAUUUAAAAUAUAUGUCAUUAAAAUAUUACUGUAGAAAUGUAGCAAAUUACUGUCUUAUUCAGUUUUUUAUUAUGUUAUUGUUUUGAACAUAAGUUUAACAGUUUUGAAA